UUAAAUGCUGAGAAAUAUGAUGUUAGGGUUUAAGUACCUGCAACUGGGGAUUUUUUUUUUUUCUUCUUCUUCUUCUUCUUCUUUACACUUUUUUGUACCCUUUUUUUUAUGUUAAAAACCAGCAGCUAUAGCAAGCAUUACAGGAUGCCUUAGUGACUUUUUUUCCCUUUAUUUUGUCAUUAAAUUAAUGUUAAAAAAAUCAACAUCUUUGAGACAUUAAAAUCUGUUACCACAUUGAUAAUAAUAUAGGUGUGACAAUAGAAUAUGAUGCCUUAAAAUUAAUCAAAAUUGGUCUCUUCUGAAACCGCAGUCAAUAAUAAAAUGAAAAAUCUCAAUGUUACAAACACAAAUACCAUCAGAAUACAAAAUUGGCACACGACGAUAAACACAAAGCAUAAAUUGAUGCAUUCAGCAUAAACACUCCAUUGUCCGUAACUGAUUACAAAAAUAGAGUCUAAAUAAAAAAAAUAAAAAAUAAAAAAAUGUGAUUUGUUAUUGCAUUCAUCAAUUUCCCCAUUUUAUUAGACAAUACAUUUUACUUGUCAAAAACACAAUUUUAACAAAAUUUUAGGCCUAUUUCAUUUUAACAAUAUAGUACUUUUUUUUUGCUUUUUUACUUUUUUUUUUUACAGUAAAAUUACAUGUAGGCUAUUGUCUUUUAAAUUACAAUAUAGUUUCACAUAUAUGGUGAGGUAACUUGCAGCAGGUUUUUAGCUACUGUAGGCCUACUGUUGCUUUCCUCUGUUAAAAUUACUGAUAUUUUUAUAAACACUGAGUAACGCAAAUUUGUAUAAAGUGAGACUACAUGUAGGCUAGUGGAGCAGGCCUAUUAUUUUGCUGAGCUGCUUUAUAUUGUGAAUUUAAACAAUAGGCCUACUACUAUCCUAUAUUAUUAUUAAACGAAGAAAAUAAUUAGUAAUUAGAGAUACCGUAAUAAAAAAUUAUUAGCAUUUGUCACACUUUCCAUGUAUUUAUACUUGCCAUACCAUAUAAAUUGCCAAUCACUCUGAGCAUCUCUCUCUCUCGCUCGCUCACUCUAUGUUGGUGAGCUAAAGCGCAGAGAGCGGCAGCGGCACUAUUCAGUCACUGCUGACAGUGGAGGGGAGUCCUGUGUCUCAGCGCUCCUCUCGGGAUAUUCUUCAGUUCGUCUUUUGAGCGCUUUUGCUGUCUCCAGUCCUGUCUCUCCUCCUGUCUCCAGACCUGUCUUCCCCCCGCGCUCCUUUAAUCCGUGUCGCAGUGAGAGAAAGGGAGAAAGGGGAAGAGGGCGCGGAGAGAAUAGCGAACCGGUCCCCGCAUCAUUCCAGAUGGCUGCCUCUGAAUCAGUGAAUGAGAUUGGGCGCUCGGGUUCAGAGCUGUAAGGAGCUGGUGUUCCGGAGAGAGGCGGCUCUGGUGUGACAGCUUCCCGCUCAGCUGUGCCUCAGGUUCGGCUCAAGAGCCACCCUUAGGCUCCCACUGGCUCAGCCUCCAACUUCCUAUUUAUAUACAGCCAAUCACACACUCCUCCCGGGAAGUGUUGGCCACAGCUGGUGAAGUGUUGAUUGAAAACAACCUGAAGGCUGACGGCUGAAUUGCCCCUCAAGAGCAUCCAUACACACCCCUGAUGAACACUUCUGUUCGUUGGGGGUCAGGAAAAAUCUCAGGACAUGGAGGGCUGCUAGUUAGGUGAAGGAUUCAUUUCGGGAACAGCUGGUGUCAUAGGCUGAACAUUGUGCCACAUUAUCAACCAAAAGCCUUGGAAGCGAAUUUGCCAGUUUUGUGAGAUGGUCACAUGACUGCAGCAUGAUUACCAAAAAAGCCAAUUUGCAUCUUUAGCCCGCCUCAGUGAUCAAUCAGAGACUCCCACCCACACACACUCCCACACAUGUGCUCCGUUUGCCAUGAAUCUGGCCACCAAGCUGCGGAGGAAUCUGAGGAGGCUGGUCAUCCUCCUCGCCACCUUCUGUAUGGUCAGCGUUUUAGUCUCCGCCUACUACCUUUACACAGGCUCCACCCAAGAACUGGAUCUCACGGACCGCGCCAUAGGUCCAGACUGUGCUGACCUCCGGGCCCUUCCUAUCCGACAGUCAGAACCUCGGACGCCAAAACCAAUCGAUCCGUCACGUAAGGAUCCGGUGGUGCUGGUAUUUGUGGAGAGUCAGUAUUCUCAACUGGGACAGGACAUCAUCGCCAUUCUAGAAUCCAACCAAUUCCGUUACCACGCUGAAAUUGCGCCGGGGAAGGGUGAUAUUCCACCUCUAACGCACAAAGGCCGUGGACGCUAUGCACUGGUCAUCUACGAGAACCUUCUCAAGUAUGUCGGGAUGGAUGCGUGGAACCGCGACCUGCUGGAUAAAUACUGUGCCGAAUACAGCGUUGGCGUCAUUGCAUUUCACCGUGCAAGUGAAAACUCCCAGCCUGCACUGCAGCUGAGGGGUUUCCCUCUGACAUUGCGAACAAAUGUUGCACUUCGAGACUGUUGCGUAAAUCCACGCUCACCUUUGCUCUACAUAACACGGGCAGAAGUGGAUCGAGGGCAUUUACCAGGAGAAGACUGGACUGUGUUCCAGUUCAAUCACUCCACGUAUGAACCCGUCCUUUUGGCUAAAACUCGGCCCAGUGAGAGUGGGGCGGCCCAGAUGAUCCCAGGUCCCCAGGGUCUUCAUGCUACCGUCGUGCAGGACUUGGGUCUGUACGAUGGGGUGCAGCGUGUGCUGUUUGGACAUGGGCUGAGCUACUGGUUACACAGACUCAUAUUGGUGGAUGCCAUCGCUUAUCUCACAGGCAGGAAGCUGUCACGAUCUCUGGAACGCUACAUCCUGGUUGACAUAGAUGACAUUUUCGUGGGGAAGAAAGGGACGAGAAUGAAUGUGAAUGACGUGAAGGCUCUUCUGGAAACACAGAACACGUUGAGGUCUUAUGUUUCCAACUUCACAUUUAACCUGGGAUUUUCGGGGAAGUUCUUCCAUACAGGUACGCAGGAGGAAGAUGAUGGAGAUGAUCUGUUGUUGAAAUAUGUUGAUGAGUUCUGGUGGUUUCCUCAUAUGUGGAGUCAUAUGCAGCCUCAUCUCUUCCACAAUGAAUCCUCUCUGAUGGAACAAAUGAUCCUGAACAAAGACUUUGCUUUGGAGCAUGGUAUUCCAGUAGAUCUGGGAUAUGCUGUGGCCCCUCAUCAUUCUGGGGUAUAUCCAGUUCAUAUUCAACUGUAUGAGGCUUGGAAGAAAGCAUGGGGGAUACAAGUGACCAGUACUGAGGAAUACCCACACCUCAAACCUGCACGCCACCGCAAGGGAUUCAUUCAUAACAACAUUAUGGUGCUGCCCCGUCAGACGUGCGGCUUAUUCACACACACCAUCUUCUAUAAAGAGUAUCCAGGAGGCCCUAAAGAACUGGACAAAAGCAUACGUGGAGGAGAGCUGUUUCUGACCGUCCUGCUCAACCCUAUCAGUAUAUUUAUGACUCAUCUCUCCAACUAUGGGAAUGACCGCUUGGGAUUAUAUACAUUCACUAAUUUGGCUAACUUCCUGAAAUGCUGGACCAACCUGAGGCUGCACACACUUCCUCCCCUGCAGCUCGCACACAAGUACUUCACACUCUUCCCGGAGCAGAGGCACCCGCUGUGGCAGAACCCAUGUGAUGAUAAACGGCAUAAGGACAUCUGGUCCAAAGAGAAGACCUGCGACAGGCUGCCCAAGUUCAUGGUGGUCGGCCCUCAGAAAACAGGCACGACAGCGCUCUACCUCUUCCUGAUCAUGCAUCCGUUCAUCUCCAGCAACUUCCCCAGUGUGAAAACAUUCGAGGAAGUUCAGUUUUUCAACACCAACAACUAUCACAAAGGCAUCGACUGGUACAUGGAGUUCUUUCCCAUACCCUCUAAUGUCAGCACAGAUUUCCUGUUUGAGAAAAGCGCAAAUUACUUUCCUUCUGAGGAGACGCCCAAACGAGCCGCUGCCCUCCUGCCUAAAGCCAAGAUUCUUACUCUGCUGAUCAACCCUUCAGACAGGGCAUACAGCUGGUACCAGCAUCAGAGGGCUCAUGAAGAUCCAGCAGCAUUGCAGUUCAGUUUCUAUGAGGUCAUUUCUGCAGACCAGCUCGCUCCACCUGAGCUGCGCUCUCUCCAGAACCGCUGUCUCGUACCUGGACUCUACGCCACACACCUGGAGAGGUGGCUCACAUAUUACCCCCCAAACCAGCUAAUGAUUAUUGAUGGACAGCAACUGAGAAAUGACCCAGCUAAAGUGAUGGACGAGCUUCAGAAAUUUCUGGGUGUCACUCCUUAUUACAACUACUCACAGGCACUCACGUUUGAUCCUCAGAAGGGCUUCUGGUGUCAGCUGUUGGAAGGGGGCAGGACUAAAUGUUUGGGGAAGAGCAAAGGCCGCAAGUACUCACCCAUGGACUCUGAGUCACGAGCGUUUCUCUCCAGAUUCUACAGGGAUCAGAACAUUGAAUUAUCUAAGCUGCUGCAUAGACUGGGUCAGCCGCUACCAGCCUGGCUCCGGGAGGAACUACAGAAGGUCAGGUAGCCCUAACCAAACCACCGCUCCUCCGGGUCAGAGAUCCAGGUUCAACCCUCAAAGGAAACCAGACACUUGAACAGUACUCAAUGCCACCUACCUGCAAGCUUGCGAAGCAAAGGUCAAAAAUUCAACUCACCAAUCAUUGGUGCCUCUGGAAAUCCAAACAAAGCAGUAUGAUGUGUCCAUGGCAACAUGACUUUUUUGUUGCAAAAGGUCCAAUUUUGUCAGUGAGAUACGGUGAUGUAACUGUGACCCUUGAACUUCAGAUGCAGCCAAACAGAGACUGCAUAAAGCCUGUGUAACUGAAAAUGUAAACCUCCACAGACUUCCUCCUAUAUUUACUGCCCCCCCCCCCCCAUCAGACACUGGAUAUAAAGGUACGGCUUUAGAUUUUAUACGUCAUCAUUGAGAAAUUUAGAACUGCACAACCACUGUUCAUAACCUCACUCUUGCAAAUCUAUCAGUCAAUCAAUCUAUCAGCCAAUCAAAGUGAAGAUGCAAAAUGUUAAGAAUCAAUAUGGAAACAUAAAGAGCACAGUCAAGUUUGCUGCGUCAGCUUUAAACCGGUCAAUGGAGUGAUGUCAUUGUCAUGUCAAUGUCUCAGUCCAUGUCCCAGCUACUGUUAUUAUAGACACUAUGGCCUGAAGAGUGGAAAUCAUUUCAGUUUGUGUAUGUGCGUGCGUGUGUGUGUGUGUAAGGGUAAAUACACAGAAACCCUUGCGUGUGUGUAUGUGUGUGUCUAGGUAUAUGUCUGUAGCCAGGUAGCCUUAGCCCCGCCCACUGGACUGCAACUGGUUGGCUGAUGAAUUUGAAGUGUGACUUUUAUUUUUGAAAACAAUUUGCCUCAAUACGGAGAGAAAGUGCUUUGAGAAAUAUGUAAAUAACUAUAUAUAUUCAAUAAACACUGGAGAGAUUCA